CAAAAGUUAAACAAGUUCAUGGUUUCACAGCAAGGUAAUUUCCGGAAGUUGUAGCGUGACGUAAGACGUGAGCAGAGUUAGCUAGCUUCUGAGCUAGUUAACGAGUUGUUGUUUCAGGGUAUACUCUUAGUUAUUUAACAACCAAGCAGCGGACAUUUCUGCCUAGGUCAUAGUCGAUAUAAAUUAUGGACGACGAAAGCUACCCAAGAACACUGUAUGUGGGGAACCUCUCCAGGGAUGUUACAGAGAUUUUGAUUUUACAACUCUUCACCCAGAUAGGACCCUGCAAAAGCUGCAAAAUGAUCACAGAGCACACAAGCAAUGAUCCGUAUUGUUUUGUGGAGUUCUAUGAACGCAGAGAUGCUGCCGCAGCCCUGGCAGCCAUGAAUGGCAGGAAGAUUCUAGGAAAGGAAGUUAAAGUUAACUGGGCAACCACCCCAAGUAGCCAGAAGAAAGACACAUCCAAUCACUAUCAUGUUUUUGUUGGGGAUUUGAAUCCAGAGAUAACUACUGAAGAUGUCAGGGCUGCAUUUUGUCCUUUUGGGAAAAUCUCAGAUGCUCGUGUCGUGAAGGACAUUACAACUGGCAAAUCAAAAGGGUAUGGAUUUGUGUCCUUCUACAACAAGCUGGAUGCAGAAAACGCCAUCUCACACAUGGCUGGACAGUGGCUGGGAGGGCGCCAGAUCAGGACAAACUGGGCAACACGUAAACCGCCAGCUCCCAAAAGUGCUCAGGACAACGGUUCGAAGCAGCUGAGGUUCGAUGACGUCGUGAACCAGUCGAGUCCUCAGAACUGCACGGUGUACUGCGGUGGGAUCCAGGCAGGACUCACAGAACAUCUGAUACGACAGACUUUUUCACCGUUUGGUCAAAUCAUGGAGGUCAGAGUUUUCCCAGAAAAAGGCUAUUCUUUCAUCAGGUUCUCCUCCCAUGACAGCGCUGCACACGCCAUCGUUUCUGUAAAUGGCACGGCCAUCGAGGGACAAAUGGUGAAGUGCUACUGGGGCAAAGAGUCCUCUGACAUGGCAAAAAACCCACAGCAGGUUGAUUACGGUCAGUGGAGCCAGUGGAACCAGGUCUACGGAGACCCACAGCAGCAGUAUGGUCAGUACAUGGGCAACGGCUGGCAGGUUCCUUCUUACAACAUGUACGGACAGACAUGGAACCAACAAGGAUACGGAGUAGAGCAGUCGCAGUCAUCAGCCUGGAUGGGUGGAUACGCCUCCGCACCGACGCCUCCCGAUGCCGCCAUGUCCAACGUUGGAAAUUAUAACAUGGCCGGCUAUCAGAUGCAGUGAGAUGGAUCCGACCUAAACGGAACGCCAAGGGAAUAUAUACGGCACUUUUCAUCUGAACAGGAGAAACCAAUAUAGCCUUUGUGGCUCAGAGUCGGUCCCUUUCAAACCCCCGACCCACAACUGGUUUAUAUUGUUUUAAAAACCUAUAUGGCAAUGAAAAACUAUUUUUUUGGAUUAUAAGAGAACGCCAAAGAAACUAACCUGGCCCAAAUCCUGAAAAGAUAAACCAAAGUAUUUGGAUCCUUGAAUCUUAGUCGUUACCUUUGGAGGAAAUCUGCUAAUGUCUGAGUUUUCCAAACAGAAACACAGACAACAAAAACAAAAUUGUUUUUCAAAAUUUGUAACUAAUUUUUUCCAAAAGAGCCUCCAAAUUAUUCAGCAGCUCACAGGAAUCUGAUAAGGAUGAAAACCUAAACCUGAAUUAUUCUUCCACUUUGGAAGAGUUUUAAAAAAUAUAUUUGAAUUAAAAUUUACCAAUAGUUCUGUGAUAUAUAUAUAAUUUUUUUCUUUAAAGACAGGAUAAUCUUUCAUAUUAGUUUUCAUCUUUAAGGUUAGUGUCUGAAUGCUUUGUAUAAAUGAGUUUAUAGGUAGACCAGCACUGAGCUGUAAGGAGAAAUCAGCUCCAUGUUGGUCUACAGCUUUAACCUAUAAAAUGUCAAAUUUAAAUUGGAUUUUUUUUCCUCUUAAUAAAGUUUGUAUAAAAAGAGAUUCGUAAAAAGCCACCUUGAAUAUUUUUUUUCUAUAAUGAGAUGCAUGUCACAGACAGUGACAGGUUUAUUUUCAGAGGAUGCUGCUGCCAAGUUUUGAAUUUCUGGAGUUAAAUCUGAAAAUAAAAGGCUUUAUCUUUUUAUAGUUCCUGUAAAAACAUUAAAAUGGGUGAAAGUAACUUUAAAAGUUGGUGAGAGGAUUUUUUAGAUUUUAUUUUAAAUGGUUUAAAGCACUUCUUUCUUUUCUCGGCUCCUUUACAGGUCUUCAUUUCUGGUUGGUAACAGGAUUUAUUAAACUUCUUUUUUUAAUCCUCUCCACCUUGGGUAACUUGUUCUGAUUUAAGACAUUUCUUAUAUCAGAAUAUUUUUUUUUGUAUCCUGCUGUUUGGGUUUUAUUUGUCUGUGUGAUGUGUCAGAAUUUAAAGGGCAUGAAUCAGCAUUUUGUUAAGUUUUUCUUUUAACUCGUUUUUAGAUUUCUACCUCCAGAUAGAUUAUGACUUCCAUGUUAAAAAUUAAAGAAGACACAAACAAGCAAGAGCGCAUUCAAGAGUUGCUAAAACAUGUUAAAAAAGUACAUUUCAUCCAGGAAAAAUUUAACACUGGUUAAUCCAAAUUUAAAACUUUAAAGUGAACAUUUUUUAGCUAGGUCUACCUAACCAACGGGCACCCUACUUUAGGAUUUAAAAGCUCUGUGCGGUCAGGCCGGUCUGCCGGUUUGUACAUAACGAUCUUAAAGAUUCUUGUUACAAAAAUCCGCAAAUUAAUUAUGAAAGGAAUUCAAUUAUGAAAGCCUCUGGGUCUCUGAGCAAGACCCUUAACCCCACACGACUCCCUGGGCGCCCCAUGAUGGCAGCCCACUGCUCCCUAAGGGGAUGGGUAAUAUGAGAUCAAUAAAGAUCAAUUAUAAUUUAGAUAAAACCGUCAUUUCAGCUCCUGCUCUGACAGGCAUUGAUAGGUACAUGUUAAAUAUCCGAGCCAUAAGGUUAUAUGCUAGUCUCACGUUUCUCCACAUAAAUUAUCCAUCUUCAAAUGAUGACGGUAAAAUUCAUUACAGUAAUGUAUUUUUGUAAAUAAAACAAAUAUUCCGGGUUGGAUGGCUACUGAAGCCAAUUAUCAGGGUUAAACAUCAAUGGGUAACAGUUUAGUUUUGUAAAACCAGAGGAUAGAUAAUAACUUGAAAAAAUUAAGAAUUAUUUGAUCAAACUUUAUGCCUACAAGCAGCCGUGGCUGCCUUGGUCUGGCUGUUAACUCCCUGCUCAAGGGAGAGUGUCAGCUUCAGUUAGGUUUAUGCUUUAUACAUUUAAUUCCUUUUGAAACCAGCUUUUAAACCAAGAACACAGCGUCUCAUUGUAAUUAUAAAACAGCUGCAGUUAAAGUCCCUUUAAAAUACUUUUCUGCUUUGUUAAACAACUGGAGGGCUAAUGAGGAAUGAAUAUCUGUUCAUUUUGAAAUGUGUAGACUUUAAGCUUCUAAUAGGACAUGCCCUUUAAAAGCUCUUUCCUGUCUGCUGAACAAAAUAUUUAGUUUCUUUUGAGUUUGGAGAUGAAACGGGGAGUAAUAUUUGUUGAGUGUGUAAAUAUCAAACUUUGAUCAUGAACCUCUAUUAAAAGAAAAUGUACAUAAUGUUGGUAAAACUUAGGAUUUCAGUCUCUUUGAAUUUUAGCAAUAUAAUUUAUGAAUACGCCUUAAAUGAUUUGAUAAUAAAAGUUGAACAGUUUUUUUUGAAAAAUAUCAAAUUUUCAGCUUCGUUUCCCCACCUUUGAUCUUUUUUUUUUGUGCCAUUUCCUUUGUGCACCAGGAAGCAGAUACUCUGCAGAAACACUUCUUCUAAUGUGGAAUGUAACGACAAGCUCCUUUGUUGAUAAUUGGAUCUGCUGAAGCCAUGUUGAAAAAUAAUGCCAACUCCUUUUAGAAAAGUCACUUCAAAUAAAGAAGCAUUUGUACCUCG